CUCCCUCCUCCCUCCUCCCCCACUCGCUGGUCAUGGCCCCCUCCCCGAGGAAGCGGUUCAUGGAGCGCUACCGCGACCGGAUCGCCACCUCGCAGGACGACGACUUCCUUCAGUUCGUGAUAUCCCUGGACGGCUUCGAGCCUGGUUCGAAGGCCGCUGCGGCCUGGGCACGCCGAGCGCGCCCUUGGCGCCCGCAGGUGUACGACGUGGUGGACCAGACUUGCCGGCUCUACCACGCCAUGGCGGCGUCGGUGUUCGGCGCGCGCGGCGGCUCCGGCGGCGCAGGCGCGGAGGAGGCAGAGGCCGGCGGCGGCGCGGCGGACGCGGCCCCGCCGCGCGAGUGCGGCGAGGCUGCUGC